AUUUUUUUUUUCCGGAAUCAUAUACAGCAGUAAAUUUUGUUUUUAGUCGGCGUAUUAUAAUUUCCUGUAGCAACAUGUUGUAUCCGACAGAGCAAAUACAUGACUUAUGCCAUUGAUUUUAGUCAUACCAUGGGUCCUACGAGAGUAGUUCAGGCUCAGCAGUGGUUCUUGGGAGUUCUUGGCAUCACUGUUGUCUUAGUACUGGUUUAUAGUACUCGAUACGAUGGGACGAUGAAGCUAGAACCCAAACCCCCGCCCAUAAUGCCGAAUCCCGACCCCAGGAAAAAAGUGACCGUCACAUUCUGGGGGAGAAAUGGUAACCAUAUGUUUGAGUAUGGUACACUUAUAGGAGCAGCUAAGAGGAACAAUAUGACUCCCAUUCUAGUGGAGUCCACAACAAUCUGGAAUAUGUUUAAAUUACCAAUACCAAAAGGCAGUGUAGAAAAUUUAGACACUUUCAAGCGAUACAGAGAACAGCUUCCUUCUGGUUGGUGUAAUAUGACAGAGCAAUUAGACACAUCGCAGGGAGCUUAUUUAAUGGGGUAUCUACAAUCCUGGAGGUAUUUUGAAAAUGUUCGUAAAGAAUUGCUGAAAGAACAUUUUGUUUUUCAUGAUCAUCUGAAAAAAGCUGCCAUGGAUUAUAUUAACAAUGUCAGAAAAGAACGUAAGAAACAAGAUGCAGUGUUAGUCGCAGUGCAUGUGAGAAGAGGGGAUUUCGUACGACAGAAAAGAAAGGGAUACACAGUCGCCCCAAUACCUUACUUUUAUAGAGCUAUGAGUUAUUUCAGGAAAAAAUACAAAAAUGUACUGUUUAUCUUGUGUAGCAAUGAUGUGAUAUGGUCGAUGGAUAAUUUAGACGAUUCACCUGACGUUCAUUACUCACACAACACGGAUGGGUAUUUAGACUUUGCCAUCAUGUCUUCCUGUGAUCACAUGGUGAUGAGUGCUGGGUCGUACUCCUGGUGGGCGGGGUACAUGACGGGGGGAGAGGUCAUCUAUUAUCAUGGUUACCCACAGCCAAACACCGUCAUGGGGAACAACACAAUAAGAAAGGACUACUACCCUCCAUGGUGGAUCCCACUCUAAGCUUCAUCAAUUUCUGUACUUUGUUUUUUAUCAUCUCUUUAAGACAGUAUGUUUGUAUUUGUGUUUUAUUCUCUCUCCAGUUCAUAAUCAUUAUUUACUUCCCCUUGUUGCCAAUGAGUCAUUAGUUAUUCAGUAAACAAACUAUACUAAUAAGUGGUACUAUGUAAAUAUGAAGUAUGUGUAGCUGAUAUGAUGAACAAACUGCUUUGUAAGACGUGUCCAUUUUUUUGUUUUGUGACACUUGCAUUUCCUAGAAAAAAUACCAGUCUACAAGAACAAAGACCAGAAGAGCUGGUAAGGUUUUCUGUUUACAUUCGAUUUGUUGGUCUCUCUGUAAUCCAUUUUUCAAAAAAAGCAUCUCUUUCUAUAGACUUGUUCAAAUCUCAUGUUUUGUUUUAAGUGCUUUCUUACUUUUUUUUAGCUCACCUGACCCGAAGGCUCAAGUGAGCUUUUCUGAUCGUAUUUUCAAUUUUGUCUGUCAUCCGUCCGUCUGUCCAUCCAUCUGUCAACUUUUCACAUUUACAACUUUUUCUCGAGAACCACUAGGCCAAUUUUAACCAAACUUGGUACAAAGCAUCCUUGGGUAAAGGGAAGUUUAAAUUGUUAAAUAAGGGCCAAGUCCCUUCACAAGGGGAGAUAAUCAAGAAAAGACAAAGAUAGGGUGGGGUCAUUAAAAAAUCUUCUCAAGAACCACAGGGCCAGAAAAGCUGAAACUUAUGUGGAAGCAUCCUGGGGUAGUGUAGAUUCUUAAUUCUUCAAAUCAUAACCUCCAGGGGAAGAGCAGGGCCACAAGAGGGAAUCAAAGUUUUACAUAUUAGAAAUAUAGAGGUUAAAACUUUAAAAAUCUUCUUCUCAAGAACCACUGGGCCAGAAAAGCUGAAACUUAUGUGGAAACAUCCUGGGAUAGUGUAGAUUCUAAAUUGUAUAAACCAUGACCCCCAGGAUAGGCCGGGGCCACAAUAGGGAAUCAAAGUUUUACAUAGUAAUAUAUAGGAAAAAACUUUAAAAAUCUUCUUCUCAAGAGCCACUGGGCCAGAAAAGAUGAAACUUAAUUUAUGUGGAAGCAUCCUGGGGUAGUGUAGAUUCUUAAUU